AUAUAAGGUCUUGGUUCGUUCCGUGGAAGUGGGUUUCGGUCUUCCACGAGAGACGAUGUUAGGAAUGGAUUCUGAUAUCUUUUAAAUCAUACAUGUACAUAUUUUAGAACAGUUUUUAUAGAUGCAGUAGUAAAAUGAGUCUUUUGUACAGUUUUCUGUGGGAACUCGGCGAUGUAAUGCGGACUAACUUGCCGUCGACUAAAGAAACAAUGCAGGCCUAGCUAGCAUGAACUGGUGUUAGCCAGAGGAGGCUAAUCCUGGUCCAGCAGACUGAAGAGGCAUUUAACUCUCGGCCGAAGCUGUGCUUUCAAGUCGUUGAAACGUCAGAAUCCACGAUGAGUUCGCAGCUCCAUGUCUUCUCUCCUCCCUCAGUCUCCUCCAGUGCCUUUUGUCGUGUGAAGAAGCUGAAGGUAGAGAGCAACGUUUGGGAUGUAUCAACUACAGAAGCUUACAGCUCCAUAGCGGGCCAGUCGGCUUACGCCUUUACUCCUGCAAUGGCUGUGCCUUCCUUUGCACCGUCACUUGUCUUCCCUUCUGCAGCAUCUGGCUCCAGAGGUCAAGUGGUUGUGCGUGCAGCUGAUAGCACUGGUAGUCUUCCUCGUGGGUCCAGUCGACGUAUUGCCGAGCAGGCUGCAUCGACUUCUUACCAUCAUGAGACGACCGCUGAGACGAAGACCCAAAGGCAUGGGCAGAAGAGAAAGAUCGAGGAAGCCAGUGAAGGCAGUGGGAGUGGAUGUGGCAGUGUCCAGAUCUUAGAGGAGCUCUCAGCACCUGCAGCAACUUACUCCACCCGUACUGGCGGCGGUGGAGGAGGAGGCACGGGCCAGUCUAUACCUCACUCAGCUCCAACCACCAAGAGCAGCAGCUCCAAUGGCGAGGGGGAUUACCAGCUGGUGCAACAUGAGAUCCUCUGCUCCUUGUCCUCCAGCUAUGAAGUCCUAGAGUUCUUAGGGAGGGGCACGUUUGGUCAAGUGGCCAAGUGUUGGAAGAGGGGUACCAAUGAGAUUGUGGCGAUCAAGAUUCUGAAAAACCAUCCUUCGUAUGCUCGUCAGGGCCAAAUUGAGGUGGGCAUCCUGAACCGACUGAGUGCAGAGAAUGCAGACGACUAUAAUUUUGUUCGUUCGUAUGAAUGCUUCCAACACAAGGGCCACACCUGCCUGGUGUUCGAGAUGCUGGAGCAGAAUCUGUAUGACUUUCUCAAGCACAGCAAGUUCAGCCCGCUUCCUCUACGACACAUCAGACCCAUCCUUCAGCAGGUGGCUACAGCCUUGAUGAAACUUAAGAGCCUGGGAUUGAUUCAUGCAGACCUAAAACCUGAAAACAUCAUGCUAGUUGACCCCAUCAGACAGCCCUACCGGGUGAAGGUUAUUGACUUUGGCUCAGCAAGCCAUGUGUCCAAAGCAGUUUGUUCAACAUACUUACAGUCUCGCUACUACAGGGCUCCAGAGAUCAUUUUGGGUCUGCCGUUCUGUGAGGCCAUUGACAUGUGGUCCUUGGGCUGUGUGAUUGCUGAGCUGUUUUUGGGCUGGCCUCUCUACCCUGGAGCUUCAGAGUAUGAUCAGAUCCGUUACAUUUCUCAGACUCAAGGUUUGCCAGCUGAGUACCUGCUGAGCGCCGGCACUAAGACCAGCCGUUUCUUCAACCGAGGCCCUGACUCCAGCUACCCUCUCUGGAGACUGAAGACCCCAGCAGAGCACGAAAUGGAGAUGGGCAUCAAAUCAAAGGAGGCCAGGAAGUACAUCUUCAACUGUCUGGAUGACAUGAUGCAGGUCAAUCUGUCUUCUCACUUGGAGGGGACAGACAUGCUGGCUGAGAAAGCUGACAGGCGAGAGUUUAUAGACCUCUUGAAGCGAAUGCUUCGUUUGGAUGCUGACAAAAGGAUCACGCCUACAAAAACUCUGGGUCACCCCUUCGUCACCAUGAGCCACCUGAUGGAUUAUCCCCAAAUUUCUCAUGUGAAGUCGUGCUUCCAGAACAUGGAAAUUUGCAAACGUCGGAGCUCGUAUGACAGCAGCAAAUCUCUGUACUCCACCAGUGCAGUCCCCAGCGCUGCAGCAGGAAACCUCACUGUUACCUUCAGUAGCCAACUUAACCAGCAUAACCAGGUGCCUUCUGCGGGGGCUGCGGUGCCUCUGCUGAACUACCAGCCAGCUCUCUACCAGCAGGCGACCAUCAACAUUCCUGGGCUGGCUCAACAAGGCGUGCCGAUUCCGACACGUCCUGCUGGGCUGUGUGGCCAGACAGAACCCUUCCAGCAGACCCUCAUCGUGUGUCCACCCUCCACUAUUCAAGGGCUCCAAUCAUCCAGUAAGAGUUCGAGUUUCCCAGUGAGGAUGGAGAACUCUGUACCUGUUGUACCUCAGAACCAGUCUGCUCAGUCGCUGCAGAUCCAGCCAAGUAUGCUCACACAGGGUUCCUGCACACCACUGAUGGUGGCCACCUUGCACCCACCCCCAGCAGGCAUAGCCCCCCAGUACUCUCUGCCCCUCGGGCUGGGCACUGGGGUGGGUCGGCCCACCCUUCUGGAGCACACAGCCACAGUGCUGCAGGCCUGGCCAACUGGUACCCAGCAAAUUCUCAUCCCAUCAUCAUGGCAGCAGGUCCCAGGUGUGGCCAUCCACAGCUCUGUUCAUCAGUCAAGUGUCCCCGAGUCCCCCCUGGAGACCGUCCACUCAGAGGCAGCUGUGCAGCAAGGACACAGCUGGCGAAACGUGACCCAACCCAGGACUCAGCAAGAGAGAAAGAAAGCAAAAACCAGAUGCACAGAAAACAGAAACAGGGGUGCGUCUUUACUCAACAGCAGUGUGACGGCGUCCACCUCCACCGCCAUGUUGUCUCAGCCGAUCGUCAUCUCCGACACACCCAGCCCCGCCAUCAGCAUCAUCACUAUCCACAGCGACACUGACACGGAGGAUGAACGCAAGUUCCACCCAGCCAGUGUUGGCCUGAGCCGCUCGGAGCGCACAAACGUCAUCAGCUGUGUCACCGUGCACGACUCGGACUCCUCUACAGCCAGCCCCCUGACCCCACUUCCCCGCUCCCUCAACACCAUGAGGUCCGUGUCGUCACGGCAGGCCAAGUCUCUGGCGGUGGUGGCCCCCUCAGUUAAACACCAGCCGUCAGAGAGGGGGGCGGUUUCACACAGUCGCCUGGAAACUGUGAGCUACGUCAAACCUAAGCGAUCGUCCAACCGGCAGCCCUGCAGCUCAGGGGAGAGCAUGGAUCGAAGUGGGCUGGUCCAGAGCCAGUCCCACCCCUUAAACCUCAGCCAGGUGCAGUCUGUGGUUUCUUCAUCUCAGGAGCGUUCAGGCACGUCCCACACCAACCUGUCUCUGCAGCGCCAGGAGACGUUCCCUCCGACUGUACCCGCCUCUCACUACAGCUUCCCUGAAGUGUCCGCCCUGGCAUCUGGCUCCGCCCCCAGCCUGUACACCUACCCGGCCUCCACCGCCCUGUCCUCGGCCUCUCAGGCCGUGGAGCAGCUGCUGGCUCGUGGCCACGGCAGCCACGCACACUCUCCCUCCACCUAUGCAGCAACGUACACCUCCUCCUCCUCCAGGAGAGACUCGGCCAGUCGCAAGGAGUCCAUCAGCAGCCUGCUGCACGGCCUGCCCGCAUCGUACCAGCAUCAGUUCGCCGCCGCGUCUCCGUACGUCAGCGUGACGCCCCGAGCUGAGGCCUACAGUUCUUACCAGCUCAGCCCCAGGCGCCUCACACAGUACCCCUACUUAUAGAUUAACAAGUCAACUUUACUGCCCUGAACAUACUUCCCCCAAAGGGACAAUAAACUUUUAGAUUUAUGGAUUAUUUGCUGCUUUUAACUACAAGGAAGCAUUUCAGCUCUAGGUCUUCUAUAUGCUCUUUUAGAAAAGACUUUUGGUAUUGCAUCCUAAUAUUUUAUCCCCAGCCUGUUCUAUCAAACUAAGGCAUUGUGUUAACCAUAUGUUAAACGUGUUUAUCUUUGAAGUUUAGUGUGAAGAGAGACGAUCCUCCUUUUUUAACACGAUUAGAUCCACAAAUAGCGAAGCUCCCCGGUCCUUAAUUUUCCCACGAGCCUUACUUUAAAAUUUCCACACACUUAUCUGUUAAGGCCCCGUGGUUUGUAGUGAACGAUGCUUGUACCUUGUUUUUGUUUGUUUUACUUCACGUCUUUUACUGUUUUUAAAUUAUGUCAGUGUGAAAAAGUAGGAAGGAAACGACGAUUACGUAUUGAGAGGAGACGAGGUGAAAACUGUGAUGGAUGAUGUUUAGAUAGAGUACACGUUGUGGUAUUUGUGUUUAUGUAGUGAUUGUGUUUUAAGGCAGGAUUGAUCAUGUUUGUAUGCAAAUGGAUUUAAAACUGAGUGCUGAAUGUAUUGAUAAAGUUCAGAGUGAUCAUCUACCAGGAAUGAUGAGAAACGUUUAAUUAUGUUUUUAAAAAAUGCCUCAGCUCUUAAGUUUUCCUCAAAAUCUAAUCUCGUGAAUCAAUCUUUUAUCUAUAUAUAUAAAUAUAAAUAUACAUGUGAAUCCUAACUGUAGGACCUAUAGCUAAAAGUGAGUUGAGGCCAGUUGUUUUUACUCUUAAUCUGUUGAAGCUGUAACAAACUCUGCACUGUGCUGCACAGAGACUAAUUUAUAGAACUAUUUGCAUAUCGGUGUCUGAUGUAAAAUCUGUUAUCUCACACCUUCUCCAGAGUUUUAUUCAAACACAUUCUUAACGUCCUGCCAAAGGUGGUUUAUCUGCAGGAGGGAAGACGGUGGUCUCCGUGUUCAGACUUGUUUUCCCACCAGCACGUCUGAAAUGUCUGAGCGGUUCUGUGUGUGCGAGCGCUUUUAUCCACCACCUGUUAUUACAUCAGUUUUGUGUUCGUAAUGUUCAAAAUAUUUACCUGUAUUUCAUCAUAACAUAGUAUAGUCAAAGAGGCAGUUUGGUAGACUUAUUUCAGGGAAAAGGGGGUUUCGAUAAUCCACUGUAACAGUUUCCAAUAAAAGAAUUAUAAUCUCA